CACCGAGUAGGAAGGUAGUGUUCUCUGCGUUCACGGAGCUCGUCUCGACGUAGCUCGUGUACUCGACGAUCAUCCUCGUCGUAGUUUCUUAACACGGAUAACGCGGCAUCGACACGCGACCAGAAGAAGGAACGAUAGUUUUUCCUCUUGUUAUACCGAUUCGAACCUUCGCCGUGGAGAUUCUUACGCGUGGUGGACAGUGAGAAAGCGUCGCUCCGUUUGGCUGGCUAAGCGACCCGUGCGAAUCGCAAGUGCGUGAGAAAGUACGGGGGUGUGCUCCAGGCGAGAAGGAUACCGCUCUGUUUCGCUAGCUUUCUUGUGCCUCGUCCUGUGAGAUUCCUCGCUGCGAUCCCGAACGAUCUUAGUAUCUCCUUACAAGUUCCUGCUGGAACGUCAACAUCGCGUACGAGGACUGGUGCUCCGAAAUUCAGUGUCUCCGAGAAAUUUUCUUUAUAUUUUGUUUCGGUGGUGAGAAACGUUUCGUAGAAUUUGGUGAUAAAGAAAGUUCUUUCGACAUCGUAUCGUUUUCAAAGAUGGUUAGCAAGUUCACGGUUGUUCGAUGGUUCGCGUGAUCCCGUCGCCGAGCGUCGGAUACUGUUCUCGCUGCGAAACGCCAGCCACCGUUGAUCGGUGAAUUCGUCGCGAAAAAAUAAUCGUGUCUCCGAUGCGAACCUCUCGGAAAAUAUCUCUCGUCGAUGGUUUGUCGUCGCUGUGAUCGGAUCGCUGAAAAAUAUUUCACCAAUGAGAGGGCUAGCAAGGUGCACUCCAGGUGAGCGAAACACGGGGUGGACCCAUGGAACGCGUAGCUCGAUGGACGUGUAUGGAAACAGCAGAACACCGGAGAAUCGUCGUCGAUUCUAACCGAUCGCCGAUCAAUUCCAUCGAAGACAACGUAUCUUUCGUUUAAUCGUUCAGCUCGAAGACGCGAGCCGAUAGUGUACGGAAAGUGUGUUUACUUGGUGUACGGAAAACUUGAAGGAUAACAUUCGAGCGAAGAAAGAAAAUAGGAUACGCGGAAUCAUACGUUUGAUCAUCUGAAAGAGAAACAUAGAAAAAGAGAAAAUAGGAAUUAGAACAGGCGAUCUAAACACGGAGAAAGUGAAGCGUGGAUGUGGUGUGUGUGCAACGGUGGUGGAAGGUGGUUGUGGACGACAGCAACAAAGGUGCAGGUGUCGUCGUCGUUGUUGUUCUUGUUGUUGUUGCUUGUUGUAUCUCGGUGAACGGUGGUGACGCGGUGCGCGCUGCUCGUUCGUCCACGUAUUUACCAUGGUUUCCACGUCCUUUGUAACUCUGAUGUUCCUCGUCUGCUUGCAAACGGUUCUACUCUCGACUGUGAGCAAUUGCGCGAAGACGAUCAACAUGUAUUGGAACACCACCAAUUCCAUAUUUCGAAUAGACAACACGGAUCACAUAAUAGACGUGAACAAGAACAAUGCGGCGUUCGAGUACGAUCAAGUGAACAUAAUAUGUCCCGUGUACCAGCCUGGGACGUAUGACAAGGAGACGGAAAAGUACAUCGUUUACAACGUGUCCAAAGAAGAAUACGAAACAUGUCGGAUAACGAAUCCGAUUCCGCGAGUGAUAGCGGUCUGCGAUAAACCGUACAAGACAAUGUACAUCACGAUCACCUUCAGGCCGUUUACACCGCAGCCUGGAGGCCUAGAGUUCCUUCCAGGACACGAUUACUACUUCAUCAGCACAUCCUCCAAAGAGGACCUGCACUUGCGCGUCGGUGGACGAUGCGCCAGUGACAACAUGAAGGUUGUCUUCAAGGUGUGCUGUGGCAACGACGCUGACACCUCCUCCUCGUCCGCAACAUCCCGCAACAACUCCGUGACCGUGACAAGCAGCACCGUGCCAAGCAGCAGCUCGACCAGCACCGCAGUUUUGGGUGGAGGAAUCGCUGGACUACCACCCCCGCAACCACCGAGCGUCCUCCAGGGCGGAGAUCGAUUCUACCCAGGGGGCAGCAUUCAUCAUCAUCACGAUCAUCAUCAACCGGCCACGGCGGCGCCGACCCUGCCCCACGUGCCCCCUCCGGCCAUCUACCCCGUGCAUCCGCAUCAGCCUCCGAUUCACAAUGGACCGCCGUCCUCCUCGUCGCCCAAGACCUCGAUCGGCCAGAAGAAGAAGAACAAGGAAUAUUCGGACCACCCGAACGAAGUUGUGAAGAACGAAGAACUGACGUACAACGGGGCGAGUUCCAGCCGCGUUCACAAUUGUUACAGCCAACUGGUGGUUGUGUUGACGGCAAGCUUCCUGAUCAGCACGAUUCUGCCACAGUUAUUGCGGUGAAGCGACCACACUAUCGACGAGAACGUAUAUCCCAUACGUCGAAACCCCUUUUUCUGUGAUUAUCCUACGUUUAAUUAAUUUCUUGAGGCACGCGCGCCCUUUGCGCGGCCGCCCCUCGAUCGUGAAAAAUAAAACGCGCACGAUUUAUGGUCGGACUGCCUCGAGAGAAAGAGAUGAAGAAAAGGAUGGUUUUUUAGGGAAAGAACGAAAGAAUGGUGAAAAGAGAAAGAGAAAUGAAUAAAAGAAAGAAGAAAACACACAGAGGAACGUCAAGAGAAGAGAGACACGCACGACACACGAGCAGCAACGCCAUAUUAACUAUUCGAAAUGGAAGCACGAAGACGUAGGUAGUAAGAUUUACGAAGAAAGACGAAACGCUACUACUAGACACUAUUAUAGUAUGCCCACUAUUAUCACUACUAUAAAUGGUAGUCGUAUUGGUUGUCCUUCUUAUCAUUACGCUAAUUCUAGGUAUUUAUUCGAAAUACGAGCGAAGUCGUGAACAGCGUGUUAACUAUCCUCGAACGUGAUACACGCGAAGAUAAACAUCCGUCAGUGAAACGCGAAAAGACUUCUCCUCGAUGAUGAUUUUUAAGGAGAACCUUCAUUGUAUCACGCGAACCACUUCGAUGUUGAACGAACGGUCCUCUGUCACGAAUACAACGAUCUCUUUGCACGAAUCGCAAUUAAGAUCGUUAAAGGGUUAAAAAAAAAGAAAAUCGGUUGUUCGAAUCAGAUUCGUUAUUAGACACGAAAAGUCUCCGAUACGAAUUUGCUUACGAAUGUGCUUCACUUGGAAGCCUUUUUUUUUGUUACACUUUCAUUAUCGUGUCCGUGUCAUAAUUGAGGAUUAAUUAUUGACAGUAGCGCCGCUAGUCAAAUCGAGAUAACGACGAAUUACGAUUGUUUGAAAAAGUAGCGCCAUUAGUUGAAUCCAGAUUUAUCGAACGAUAUCUGACAGAACCAUUCGCCCCACCUCCGUGAAUCGCGAGCAGGAUAAUUAACAGGCGUGUAAAUAAAUUCCUAAUGAAUAUGUACAAGUGGCUCUUGCCUGGUGGCAAGGUUUAAGAGAGUGCCGUAAUACUAGGUAAAAAUCUUCUAUAUGCUAGACGGAAAGGAUGUGUGAGAGAGUGUGACGUGCGUGAGUGUGUUAACGAGAUGCGUGUACAACACUGAACACGAGGAUCGUCCAUUUGGAUAGUGAGUGUCAGAGAGAACUGUGCAAACGUGCGACGAGCUUUUUCAAGUUCCAGGCGACGGUUUUUCUGAACCGUGACACAUUUCACUUACCACGUGAAGUCUCGUCGACGAGUGAUUCCCUCGCUUCGAUCGAGUUUCCUUGGAAUGAAAAGCGAAAGCAUGAGAGACUGAUCGCUGAGCGAGAGAGAAGUAAGAUUUUUGUAUCAUAGUUGUACCAUACCGAACUCUAUCUAUAGAUCUGUAUUAUAUUUAUUAUCCGCUAUCAUUACGCUACGAAUAAUCACACUCGAUAUUCUCUAUAUUUACUAGUAAAAAAAAAAAAAAUAUCAAAUUUAAUAGCGAAUAAAUUUGCGUAUUCGGCGGGGUAAAAAAGAAAAAUGAAAGAGAAAGAAAACGACAACGUGCAAAAUGAAUUUCACCCUGUCACCAUCGGAUCCGUUCAUUCUGAUUUUCCGUUACUCUUUAAUUAUCCACGCGUUAUAUCGCCUCCGAGCGCGCACCGCGAUUCUAAAUCAAUUUGGCCGUGCGAUCGUCGAUUCCAUUGUAUCGUCACUUCGGUUCUCCCAUUGUCCUUUCGUUUUUGAUACUAUAUUUAUUGUACACCGCCGCGCAGACUUAGUUUCUAUACGCGUAUCGACGAACAUACGCGCAAUGCAGAUCGCAUUUAUUUGUAAAGCGUUACAGGAUUACAUGUAUACAUGCACACUGGCCACGAUCGUUACACGCGAUCCGUCGUGCGCCUCUUUCAAGCCCCGUUCCAAACUUAAGGAUCGUUGAUUUUAUGUGACGGCGAAUCGACGUUUGAUCCCGGCGAUCCAACGAUCACGCGAUCACCAUCACGAGUCCGGAAUCGCUACCGAAUACAAAUACUGCCAUAUUUACAGUUAACGUCGAUUAUUUCUGAUUUAAUCGAUCGAAACACGACGUCGUGCGACACACGCACCUGUCGUCCUCCGAAAUCGUCCUUUCACGGUACACUUCUUUUGCGUCGACGCCAUCUCGUUCGACGUCCGAUCAACGAGCACAGUAUCGUUACACAAUCGUUACCGGACUUCAUAUCGGCUCGUGAACGGCGAGAUACGGACGGGGCUUGAGGAUGGAUGAAAGAGGACGGAGGAAAUGACCGUUUCGCCGUUGGUCACGAAACAGAUACGACAACUAGAGUAACGAGCUAUUUGUAAAUAUAUACGAGUAUGCGAAGAGGAUAGAUUUAUCGCAUAAUGCCAGAGCGAACGAAUGCGUAUAAAUAGAAAUGAAAUGAAACCCCAAUUCCGAAUCGUAGGUAAUAAAAGAUGAAAUGUAUUCCGAAGGCUGCUCGAUAAAAACCGACUCGUUUUCGUCAUUGUUCAUUGAUGGUUUAUCGUCCUUAAUAUAAUACGCGACAACCAAUUUCAAAUAAUAAAAAAAAAAAAAUAUAUAUAUAUAUAUGAAAAGUCAAUGACCACGAUCAGCCGAGAGUGUUGAUGAAAACGGCGGAAACUAAAUGCGUGUAUAAUGUUAUCCAUUACAGUAUUGUAAGCCUAAGUAUUACAUGCCUCCGAUCCACGUCUGUUUGUCUGUCUGUCCGUUCGUCUGUCUACAAGUUUGUACUUUUACCCAUGUGUUUAACCGCAAUAGCCAGUUUGUAAUCGUAAGGGCCGAUCGAUGACGAAAGCAGUCACGAUACUCUCGUUUUUGUUUCACGAUUCAUAGCGAUUCUUCUUAUUCUAUAUUACGAAGUUUCAUUUAGUUUCUCUUCUAGUCGUUUUCGUUCACACGUGGAAUUGUUUGACCCUCGACAACCCGCAAAUCGACACCCAAUGACAAUCACCCGAAUAUUUGUAAAGAGAAAAAAAGAAAAAAAAAACAGAAAAAAAAUGAAUCGAGUCUGUCAACGUAGAUCCGUUGUUUAUAGCGAUCAAGAGACCUCUUAGAUCUUUAUUAUCCUCCACCGGUAGUUAUUCGCGCGACAUAUUGUACAAAAUGUUUUUUCAUACAACUUCGAAGUUCGGUUUGCGGGUCUGAGAGGGUGGUCACUUCGUAAAUGGGACGCAAUUGUACGAUGCGUUUACGUUAUCUCGAUCGUUCGUCGAUACAGAACAGAUUCGAAUCGUGAAUGUGUUGUCGGAAAGACUGCUGAUAUAUCGGUCGACUUGAUAGCGAAUUUAAUCAGAGCAAGCAAAUCAGCCCGUAACCGAUAACAUAAAUGCAAUAGCAAUGCAGAAAAGUUACAUAGAUCCAAUGUGAAUGGUACUUCAUUCUUACGGACGAUAGGUAAAUAACAGUAUAACAGUUAAUAUAGACUUCGAACUAUCGAUAGAAAAUAGACAAGGUCACUCACUGCAAAUUAUUUUUUAUUUUUUCUUUCCUUCUCUCUUCAUUUUCUUAUUUUAUUUUUUUUUCUUUUCGUUUUCGUUACAACCGAUUCCAAAGCACCGUAUCCUUAUCCGAUCACGAACACACGCGAAACGCUGCUCCUCGAGAGUUAUUUUUGUAACCGCAAACAGGGACACGCAUCGUCCAUUGAUAUUUAAAUGGAAAAAAAAAAGAAAGAUAUAUUGUGUAGAUACCAUACGAAAGAGAAUUAAAGAUACAGCGUUAUAAUUGUAAUUUGCCGAUAAAAGGAUCAAUUAUAUCUAGCGAGUUUCAAAUCGAUCUACAAAACGAGGCGCAGCUUUCGCGUUCAAUUAUCCCAAAGACAUCCGAAUACCUUCGCCCAACGAUUUUUCAUCGUUCGUUUUUUCGCUAUUUCAUUGUGUUAUCCUCUCGUGUGCGUGUUUAAGAACAAUGUCAAUGGUUAAUUAAUUCUCCUUGACGAACUCUACAGCACGUACUCUUGUUGAGUACGGAAAAAGGAAAACAGGACUUGUUCCUCUCUUCUCGAGACAGAGGGUUUAAGGAGUUUAAAGGAGAGAAGAAGAAAAACAGGAUCCAUUGAUUAUAUUUACCGCGUCGAAUCAACACCGCCGCGGAUUUAUAAAUGGGAUCGAGAUGAUUUCGUAGGUACGUCGUUGUAAAUAUAAAAAAAAAAAAAGGAUUACGAUCAAUAACGAUAACACGAUGAAAUUUAUAUUAAAUACAUAGCAAGUAACGAGGAUAGGUUUCUAAUAACAAUUUAUUAUAAAAUAAAAAAAAAAAAAUGAAUGUACGUUGAUGUCUAAGAUUUUUAACAAGAUGGAAAAAAAACACAAAGUGGUUAUUAUUAAAACUAUGAUUAUUACUCAUAAUCGAGAACACAAGUACUAAUUAAACGAGAGCGUUUCAAUGCAGAACCACACUUUUUAGCCAGGUCAUGAAUUCUCUCACGUUGCAUAUAUUAAUUUUGUAACAGGUACAAUUACAUGACACAAAUGAUCACGGUCACGGAAAGCAUAGGAAAGGCGCCGUGUUUAUAAUAAAACACCCCCUUUCUUUCAUACUCUUGGAUACCUUGUAUUUGCAUAGAAAUUAAACACGAAAAGUACCAAAAAUGACAUCAUAAUUUACUUUUAUCAUAAAUUAGGGGUUGGCAGACUAGGGUUCCUUUUCUGUUUUUAAAAAAAUAUUUAAAUAGUGAGACAGAAUUAACACGAAGAAGAACCUAGUUGGUAGCUUUAUCCUUACCAAAAUGGCAGCUGAAGUAACGAACCGGAAGUGAUAACAGCAAGAAUCGUGAUUCUACGAAUUAUCAAUAAGUACAGAAUAAUUUCAAUUUUUCAAUUUCUUGAUUAACAAAAUUUGAUAGCUCGAAAAAGAUAUGUUUCUUUAUCCUUACCAAAAUGGCAGCUGAAGUAACGAACCGGAAGUGGUACCAGCAAGAAUCGUGGUUCUACGAAUUAUCAAUAGGUACAGAAUAAUUUCAAUUUUUCAAUUUCUUGAUUAACUUGAUAGUUCGAAAAAGAUAAAUUUCUUUAUCCUUACCAAAAUGGCAGCUGAAGUAACGAACCGGAAGUGGUACCAGCAAGAAUCGUGGUUCUACGAAUUAUCAAUAAGUACAGAAUAAUUUCAAUUUUUCAAAUUCUUGAUUAACAAAAUUUGAUAGCUCGAUAAAGAUAAUUUUCUCAACCCCUGGUGAUCAGAAUUUUCAUUUUCACAUAAACAUAGCGUGAUCCACGUAUGGUAUCCGUGAACGUGAUCCCUAUAGAUUGCGUGUGCUCACCAAGUAUGCACGUUCAGUACAGUACAGUCGUUCAUUAAAAAGCAUUAAAAAUACAAUACAAAGUAGUGUAGUGUUCAUAAUGGUAGUCCACUUGUAGCGAAAUAGUAUUUAAAACAGUCCAAGCAGACAAAAAACCGGAAAAAAACACAUAAUCGACAAAAAAAAAAAGAAUGAAAUGAUAACAGGUAACCGUAACACAGUAAACGUGAAUCAACUUUCAUGAAGUACAUGCAAGACACGCACACUCAUCAUACACUCGAGCAGAUAUGCUCGCUCUCUCUCUCUAUCUCUCUCACACAUACAUACACAUACACAUGAUAUGUGGUACCGCGAAAAACGCGACUCUACGAGCAACAAAAAGGAAUAUGUAUUUAAAUGUACACACACAGAGGUAAAAGAAAAGGCGACGAAGUGGCGGGAUUUCGUCCACGCAAACGGAAAACGCACGUGCGUGAAUUCACUCGCAGGAAAAAUGUAAAAGACGAGAAAUCACGACGCCUGGACGGCAGAUUCGUCCGCGUCCCAUCAUUUAUAUAGCUAUUAUUGUAUUAUGUAUGUCGAUAUACGGUCACAUAUAUCGAUGGUAAACGAAAGUAACAGAAACGAAAUGGUAAAAAGAAAAGUAACUUGAAAAAAAAAAAAAAUGCCGAACAGGGAAACCGGGCGUCCCGUAUUUAUAUAUGCGUACAUAUUCAUACAUAUACACAUACACAUACACACAGACACAGACACGUACAGUACGUCGACGCCGAUGGACGUCGUUUCAUUUUGAAAGUACCUUGCGCGAGUCGUCUCGAAUCGUUUAGUACAAAAAAGAAAAGGAUAUUCUCUCGGUAAAACGAAAAUCAUGCGAUCCAAUGUUCCACACCAGGUUCAAACCAGGGUAUCGAGCACUCUAGUUCAUGUAUUCGAUGAGAAAUUAAUUCUUUGUUGUAUUUUUUAAUUUUAUAUUUAAUGUCAUCAACGUAAAUGGCCACGAACUGGAGGAUUCGAGAUGCUGGCUGGUGAAAUUUCAGAAAUCACUGUCAUCAUUUUUACGUUCAACUCGGACAGGCAUUAAUAAGUUCCUGGAAUUAAAUUGGUUGUAAAAGUAUGAGAUAAUGUUUAUCGUGCCUGUUCAAUCCGAAGAGAUUCCAGCCGCGUCACGAAUCCCUCCUGUUUGAUGGAUUUAAUCAUGACCGCGUGAUUUUGAAAAAUGAAAACGAAGAUACGCUUUAUUCCUCUGAUUUGUCAAGUUCUGUCGAUAUUAGGUAUACGUAUGGUUAUUUGGAAACGGUUGUUGACAUGAAAUGCAAGAGGAAGACGUUAGACCAGAUUGCCUUUUCUUUCUUUCGAUGUUGAAAUUUUAAAUAGAAUCUCGUAUCGUUUUCUAAGAUAGCUCGAACGAUUUUCAAAGAUUCUAUUGUACGUGUUCUUACAGGAAAAUAUCGUAUUGUAACGCACAAAACUUUGAUACGAAGAGAUCUUCUUCGGGAAAAAGUUCCUCUUGCGUCGCGUGAAAUACAAACGAAAUAUAAACGAAAACUGCCAUUUUCAAUUAUACUCGGAAAGAUUGAUGAUUAUCGUAGUGGUAACUUAUUCGUUGUUCUACCCUGCAUGUGAAAUGGAAAAAUUGGUAUGAAGUAAUGUGAGAGGUUUGCUGCCGAUAGCGGAUUUCCGGUUCGAUCGCAUCCUAGAAUUUCGUGAGUCUUUCGAUAAUGAUCCAAUUCCAUCAAUAACGAAAUGAUAAACUGCAUUCGCCGUAGUACAUACAUACUGCAAAGUACAUGAUAUCCAGCAGAUUUAAUCAAUUAAUAUUAAUUGAGAACGUUUGUGAAAUAUAUUAUUCAUUUCUAAAAAUUUACAUAGUUAAAUUCCAUCGUUUAUCUAAUCACGAUCGAGAGAUAAAAUCAUUUGAAAUUAUUAAAUGUUCGCUGAUCAUUGACAAUAAUAAUAAUUUCUGGAGUGAUACAUAUCAACAAUAUUUCACACUAUAAAUUGAACAGUUUUUGUAAUGAUCGUAUCACAAACUAGAUUUAACCCUUUCGGUACUAAGGGCGACUAUCAUCAUCCGAUUAAAAGCAUACAAUGGAAAUUUAUAGAAGGCAAUUAAAUAUAGAAAUAUCUAUAGUAAAAUAUAAAAUUAUUUCAUUAAGAUUGAAAGUUAAUCAAUGUAAUAUAUCAGGGGUAUGUAAAAAUUUCCAUUAUUUUAGAGGCAAUUUUCUUUAUUAAUAUUUUGCCAAAAACGUUCAAAAAAUUGAUAUUACGUGUCUCUUAAUCGUCAUCGCCAUAAUAAAGCAAAAUCCUAAGGAGAAGUUUUGUGUUGUACCCCUAAUAUAAGCGUGUCGACCAUACCGAAGGGGUUAAAAAAUGUUUCCUCUCGUCGGACAUCGUGUGCUUUACAAGAUCAAGUAUACAAUUGCAUGCAACUUAGACUUCUUUUAGUUAAAAAGAAAUUUAGGGAAAAGAGUAUCCUACCAGUUGCCUUAUGUUCAUCUUCCUAGGUUCCCCAAGGAUUUUUCCAAAACCGAAGGCAAACGGUGGGACGCUUCUCUCUCUACCUUUUUCCUUAACCAAAAGAAGUCUAUGUUGCCCUCAAACGUACAGAAUAUAAAAUCAGAAACCGCGACGAUAUGCAAGAUAGAAAAAAUCUCACAAUUCGCGAUGCCGAGAAGGAAGAUGAUUACGUUUCGAGCCGCGUAGCCCAAGCAACGGGAGACGCGACCAUGCCACUUGUUUCAAUCGAUUCGAUCCGAUUUAAAUUAAGCCUCCGUUCAGCUCGCCUAAGGCUUUUAGCCGUGUAUGCUUCACAGACAACGAAUCUUUCGACUUGCCAAAAACGACUCGCGGCUUACGUUAUUGUUUUGCGAUUGUUUAAGGGCAAAACUGUCGUCACGUAGGGCAGGACUUACGGGAAUGAAAAAUGAAGAAAAGAAAUGCGCUUAAACGAAUCGUUUCUCGUUUCAUUUUCAAAGGUUGUUAUUUAGGGCUACAUUCGAAUCGAAAUCAUUGAACGCAACAGCGACGAGAUAUAUUUUGCGGUGCAAAAUUUUGCUAACAGAAAAAAAGAAAAACGUAAGUUCCUCUGUAAGACGUUAUUCGGGGUUACAUUGCAAUUUGGAGUUUAAGUGUUUGCACGAUUGCAGGUCAUGUUAUAUAGAGAAAGAAAAAAGAAAAAAAAAAAUGGUGUAAAGAAGUAUUAUGUGUGCUUGUAAGUGUGCUGUAUGAUGAUUUUCGACGUUGCGAUAUAUUUGUUUGCGAUCACGUUGAUAAGUCUUCUCUUACACACGUUUUAAUGCACGUUGUGCUUGGACCCGCAAUGAAAUACACCCCGAGUGUGUUUCUUCCUUAAUAAGGCACUUCUUGGCUGAGAUACAACGACAAGCUGGUCUAGUUUUCCCAUGUUUAGAAUUAAGUUUCGAGUAUUAGCGCUGAAUCGGUGCCAUUUUUGUGCCAUCGCUUUCCUUCCUUUGCAAACGGCUUAAUUAGCAUGGAUAUCAAGAUAAUCCGUUGAUAGAAUCUGAUUUGAAGUAACGAUUCGAAAGGAACUAAACGAAGAAAGAACGAAAAGAAAAUUGGAAUUCAAUGAAAUAAAAAUGAUGCCUAAUUUGAAACGGAACUGUGUUAGGUAAAAUUGAAAAUACAGUCAACGAAUUGAUCGGGCUAAUAGCACUGUUGCUUCAAUUAUCAAUCACACUCCUCAUGGUCCUAAGAUCGGAGAACGAAAAGAAAGUAACACGAGACGAAGCACGUGAAAGACACGUAUUGAAAGACCUAGUUUGUCGCACUCGUUUAAAAAAAUCUUACUCACAAGAAUUGCACACAAGAAGUAGCGUACAAUCGGUGUACACUCGUUUGUUGACGCGAAUAAAUAUGCGAAUUACAGAGUCGAUUUGAUUUGUAUAUGUACACGGUGAGCCCGAGGUUCGUGCGAGGGCAGCUGCGUUUACGCGGAAACGAGACCAUAGAUCUAUGGAUCUUAUUGCUUUGUUUUCAGCGGCGCUAAAUCGAUCAACGAUUAGGCCACUUUCAUUUCUCGUAAACGCUAAUGUUCUUCGCGGCGAUUAUUGUUAUUAUACGAACGAACUCAAGACGGCAUGGUAUACAAGACUAAGAACAAGACCUAAAAUGGGGACAUAAUAUUUUAUAACUCAACUUUUGUACAGAAUAAAUAAAUACUUGUACUGUGGA